AUGCAAAUGUUGUUAGCUCCUCUUAAAUUUCCUAAUAUGAAAUUUCUUCAACCCAUUGGCCUGUCUGGGGGAUUAGCCCUUUUAUGGAAGAAUGGUUUCAUUUGUAAUGUAGUUAGCUGUAAAGAUAAUAUAAUUCAUGCUGCAGUUCAACGUGAUCCUAGUCAACCUGAAUUGUUACUAUCUUGUAUGUAUGGAUACUGUGAUUAUUCUAAGAAGAAAGUUCAAAGGGAUUUUAUCAAAGACAUUAGACUCAAUAUUUCUCAACCCUGGGUUCUUCUUGGUGAUCUUAAUUUCCAUAUUCUAGAUUAUUCUUCAUCAACUUCUUCUUCAGGUGAUGGCCUUGUUAAUUCUAUCAUUCAGGAAGUGGGAUUGCAAGAUUUGAGUUCUAUAGGCAGAGAGCAUACUUGGUCAAAUAAUGACUUGGGAACUGGGAAAAAUAUAUCAAGAUUAGAUAUGGCUUUCACUAAUGGUUCUUGGAGUCUACACUUUCAAGACUCUAAACUUCUUCAUUUAACUCAGAAUGGAAGUGAUCAUUGCCAUGUGAUGUUAGUGACUGAUUACUCUCAGCCAAAACUUUGGAAGCCUUUUAAAUUCUUUCAGACUUGGAUUCAAGAUAGAACUUGUGCCGCUGAAAUUACUAAGGCUUGGGAAAAAUCAGUUCAAGGCUCUCCAAGAUACAAGCUCAUUAAAAGGCUUCAGUUCACCAGGAUUACUUUAUAUAAGUGGAAUAAAACUAAUUUUGGAAACAUUUAUCAUAAUGUGGAUAAUCUCCAACAAAAGCUAUCUGCAAUACAAGCUAUGCCUUUUUCUCCAGAUAAUACUUCAAAAGCUCUAGAAGUCAGUCAAGAGUUGGAUAAUUGGCACAAGAUACAACAUGAGUUCUACAGGCAAAAGUCUAGGGACAACUUUGUAAAAGAUAUGUAUUACAAUACUAAGUAUUUCCAUACUUUAACAAAGAGUAAGAGAGCUAUAAAUAACAUUGAUUCUUUAAAAACAGAUGAUGGAACUUGGUUACAAUCCAGAGAGGAAGAUAACAGUCUACUUCUUUUGCCUUCAUCAGAUGAAGAAAUUCAUAAGGUUCUCAAAAGCGUGGAGAGUUGGUCUGCACCAGGGCCUGAAGUAUUUCAAGCUGGCUUUUACAAGUCACAAUGUAAUAUAGUUGGUAGUGAUGUUUGUGACAUGGUGAAGAAUUUUUUACCUAUUGGGAUUUGCAAUACAUCUUACAAAAUCCUUUCUAAGAUCCUAGUAUCCAGAAUGAAGCCAUUAAUGGAAAGAAUCAUCUCCCCAUAUCAGGCUGCUUAUGUUUCAGGAAGGCUUAUUAAUGAUAACACCAUUAUAGUUCAUGAAGUAAUUCAUUCAAUGAAAAGAAAAGAAGGUGAAGGAGGUUGGCUAGCUUUAAAACUUGAUAUGUCUAAAUCUUUUGAUAUAUUGGAAUGGUCUUUUCUACUCGAGAAUUCUCACUUACUAGGGGAAUUAGACAAGGACACCCUCUUUCUACUUAUCUUUUCAUCAUUGCAAUGGAAUGGUUCUCUAGAUUUAGAAGCUCAUAAUUCAAAAGAAAUCAUAGGAAUAUCAAUUGCAAGAGGAGCACCACCUUUAAAUCAUCUUCUUUUUGCAGAUGAUUGUCUCAUUUUCACUCAGGAAAAUUUAACCAGUGUGAAUAAUCUUCUUCAAGUUUUGAAGGACUUUAGUUCACAAUCUAGUCAGGUUAUAAACUUUGACAAAUCUUCAGUUCUUUAUAGUACCAACAUGAAUCUAUCUGUGUGUAAUACUCUCAGCAAUAUUUUGGGAGUUCAAUGUAUGGAGGAAAAUGAGAAGUAUUUAGGGUCUACUCUAAUUAUUGAUAGAUCUAAAGUGAAAGCUUUUAAAGAUAUUCAAUUGGCUUUUGAAAGAAGACUUGGAAUUGGCAAAGAAUUAAUCUACAUCAGGCUGGAAGAAUACAAUGGUUAA